GCAGCCUGGUUCUUCAGUUGUCGGCCAUCUUCGCCAUGGAAAACUUAAUAUGGCUUAGACUGGCGGUUUGCACCAUUUUGGUGGCCUUAGUUUCCGCAGGAAAUAGUACCACUUCCCUAAUGUCCAAGUCCAACUCCGGGAAUAGGGGAGUGACCUACAUGCACGAGAAGAUACAUCUACUCCAUCGUCAGAAGCGCUGGCUCACUUUUGAACUGGGAUCUUCUCUAACGGUGACUGCGAAUUGCGCCAAGGCAAUUUUAGAUACGAUACCCAGAGGACUUCUCUGGCUGGCAGAGAUUACCAGGGUUUAUGAACUACCUGCUGCCAUUGAAGAUUGGAUACCCAGGCAUGUAGGCAAGCCGAAGGCGAAGCUUCCGUCUCCACCUCCGCCACCGCCUCCUCCACCACCACCUCCUCCGCCACCACCACCACCGCCUCCACCUGGUGUUCCUGGCAAUCCAGUUUCACUGCCACCACAGCCCGUGAUUGUGCCUCUGAAUCCCGCAGAUCCCAUACAGUCCUUCUACUUCGCCUACCCGCAAGGCAUUCCCACGCUGAGUCGCCGCAAAUCCUAUUCGCAGCAGAUGCAGCUGGGAUGUCCAGCCUCCCACCUGGUCAAGGAUAUGUACGGAACCUACUACUGCCGACCAUCGGCGAUGUCCCGCCGGCUGAGAAGGGAACUGGAGAGCCAGGGUAGGAGGGUGAUCAAUGAGGCACAGAAUCCGCACGGCAUGCUCUUCGAUCUGAUAUCCAUAAUGGCCACCAUGUUUAACUACCAGCCCAACUACUGCGUGAUGCGCACCCUGUGCGAGGCACGUCAUCUGCUGGCUCCGCCGGGCCUAACGCUCUUCCACGACAUCUUCCGCAUCAUGCUGCGCUACGUGCAUCCGGAGAUAGCCCACAAGCCCAAGUAUCGGGAGGCCUUCACCGCCGGCCACUCGCUUCACCAAUGCGCCAGUUUGUAUGGACCACAUUGCCGGCAGAGUUUUUUGCUGCUCAUCAGCGAGAGGUUCCAGGAGAAAUACGCGAGUUGAUUGAAUGAAACCGAAAAUAUGGAAAACACGCCAAUGAAUUUAUCAAACUGCAAGCCUCAGCUGACUGCUAUGACACCCUAUAUAGAGUUAAUGCACCGCGUUGCAUGUUCAAUUUGAUAUAAAUAUAAAGUGCAAUAAACGGAAUUGUAAAUAUGCAGCGCUUUCUUAAUGCAGAUUCUUGAAAAUAUCCAUAAACUUUAGGUUUAAAUUGGUAUGCAUUAAUACUUUUUGAACUUCAAUUGUUAAUAUGUUUUCUAUUUGAUAAUAACUAUCCAUUAUAAUUAAUUUUUAGAAGGCAUGAAAGGUUAAUCAAAAUAUAAUAAUUAUAGUAUUUAGAGUCCUUAUUUACUUGUCGCUCAGUUUUGCCUUUAAUUUCUUGCGUUUAUUGAAGCUCGUAACGAUGUUAAAAAAUCAAUACUUUCGUGCAUUAAGCUCGCACAAAUUGUGUAAUAUUUCCACAGUUCAAACAAUAAAUACAAAUGAAAAAUG